CAAUUUUUGAACAUUGAAACCUUCUCUAAGCUAUUCUGCACGCGUUACGUUGCGGUAUUUGUGUUAGGUCAUUUGAACGCGGUCGUAUUCACUGGGGCCGCGGGGCCCCCCCCGUCAAAAUUUCUUAAAAUUAGGUCGGUUACGAGGUCGCCAGGUCACGUCGCCCUAGAACCAAUGACACCACUGGGACCUUGCAGUAGGCUUCUGAAGCGUCAAGGUCUCCCGACGCCCUUGAAUCAUGGCAAAAAUUGCGAUCGUCGCAGUGCUGCUGUUCGCGUUUCACGGUGUCGUGAGGAACGCUUGUGUGCACAGGAACUUCGGCAAAGGUAGUACCGUGUGUGUGUGCUCUGCAGAACACUGCGAUCUCCCGGGAAGUGUGGCGAAGCAGGAAACUGGUGUCGCGGGCGUCUACGAGAGCGGCAAGGACGGAUCUCGGUUCCUCUCGACGACCAUAGAGUUCUCGCAAGUCGACAUAAAUUUCACCGCAUUGCCGCGAUCGCACAGCGUCAUUCGCAUGACUCCGAAUGUAACUUACCAGGAGAUAAUAGGCUUCGGCGGGUCCUUCACCGACGCUGUUGGCAGCAACUUGCUUCGCCUAAAGGAACCGCUUCGCACCAAGCUUCUGGAAGCGUACUACUCGGAGGAAGGCCUCAACUACAACCUAGGACGAGUGCCAAUCGCGAGCACCGACUUCUCGGUGCGCGUGUACUCCUAUGCCGACGCUUCCGACGACUUCGAGCUUGCCAAUUUCAGCCUCGGACCUGAAGACAUCUAUUUGAAAAUCCCUUUUAUCCAACAAGCCCAAGAACUCAACAAAACGGACCCGUUGUGGCUGAUUGCGAGUCCAUGGAGCGCUCCCGCUUGGAUGAAAACAAACGAUGACAUGAGUGGCAGAGGUACGCUUCGAGGAAAGCCAAAUGGUACAUAUUACAAGACAUGGGCCCGGUACUUCGUAAAGUUUUUUGAUGCUUACAGAGACCACAACAUCAGCUUCUGGGGCCUCACUCCUCAAAAUGAACCGACAUCCGGCUUCGUUCCUUUCUACCCUUUCCAAACAAUGGGUUUCACAGCUGCCAGCCAGCGGGAUUUCAUCAAGUUUGACCUGGGCCCUGCUCUUGAAGCCGCAGGCUAUGGAGCUGACAAGGUGAAGCUGUUAAUUUUAGAUGACCAACGAGUUUUUCUACCAUACUGGGCUAACAUUGUCCUUGCUGAUGCUGAAGCUGCAAAAUACGUUUCUGGUAUUGCCUUUCACUGGUAUUGGAAUCACUUAAGGGGUGCCCACGUGCUUACAGAAACUCACAAGAGGCACCCCGACAAGUUCCUUUUGGCAACAGAAGCAUGUGAAGGGUCAUCAUCUCUUUCAAAGAACAGGGUACUCCUUGGUAGCUGGAAGCGCGCUGAAAGCUAUGCUUUGGACAUCAUCCAGGUCUUAAGCCACUGGACCACGGGCUGGAUCGACUGGAACCUGGCUUUGGACACCAUGGGAGGCCCUAACUGGGCACACAACUAUGUUGACGCUCCAAUCAUUGUGAAUGUGACAUCCAAGGAGUUCUACCAGCAACCAAUGUACUAUGCCUUGGCACACUUCAGCAAGUUUCUGCCACGUGGUUCAAGAAGAAUUGAAUCUCAACCGGCGCGAAGACUUGACACUAUAGCAUUCCUCAGACCGGACAAUGCCAUAGUGCUGGUGAUUCUGAACAGGCGUUCUUCUUUGAGAACUUACACUGUGGUGGAUGAACAACUCGGUAAUCUAAAUUACAGCAUACCAGGGAAUUCUAUUCAGACUUACAUUUGGUGGCUGUCCUAAGUCCUGAAGCUUAGCCACCUUGCCAUAAUAAAUUAUUUAACUAUCCAGUGCAGUUGUGUUCAGGCUGUAUGUGCAUUCUGUCAGUUUGUGAUUAAUUUUUCCCUUUCAGGUGCCAGGUAAUUCUGUUCAUUGGAAAUUCGGUAUCACCACAUUUUUUGCAUCUUCACAAUCAUAAAAAGUGUACAGCUGAAGAAUGAAUUAAGAAUGUUAAAUUCUUUUGCAAGUUUUGUCAAGUUUACAAAAUGUGGACUUCAAUCAUGCGGUGAACUCUCAACAAGAAUGUCAGUUAUGUGUGUAGAGCGUGCUAAACAAGUGGACUUGGCAGGUUCACUUAGGGAUGCUCAACGAUGUGGGAUGCCUUUUGCCAAAUUUGUUCGCUGUCAUGGUGCCCUUAAGACUUCUGCUGAACAGACACACCGUCUGGGCAAUGGUGGCAUCAACUAUUUCAUGUCUAGCAGACUUGGAAAGCGCCCAUUUAGCCACUUGAAAAGCAUGUCUUAAAACAUGAAAAACAAUGAAAGGGAUUAAGUAUGUCGUUUCAUAACUACAUACUGACAUGGAGAGCAAAUGCCCGGCCAUCUAUAUUGCAACCUGUUUUACUAAAACACUUCAUGCAUUUUAUUCAAACUUGCAGCACAGGUCCAUUGCAAAGUGUUUUAAGAUGUAUGCAGAAUGUUUUAUGUUAGUUUCACUGGUGCUAUUGCUUUUGAUGGACUAUAAUGGCGUGCACAGUCAUGCAUACAGCACCUGAAGGGGUUACAUUGCAGUUGUGAAUUGCUCUAGCACGAAGAACCUGAAAUUUCAACAGCAGACUGGUUGUUCUUUCCUUGCACACUUUUUUUCCCAUGGCUAUCUGUUGUACAAAAACUUAGAAGGCUAAAAUGCCAUAGUAAAAUACACGCCAUGGUUUAGGCAAGUGCUGUAUACAAGUUUUGUGCCACGUGCACUGUCAUACUUCCUUCAAUAUUAGCUUGCAUUACCCCUGAGGUGGGUAAUGCACACCUAUUACAAAGUUGUUUUCAUUUCUGACUGUAAACUUUAGGCUAGUUAUUACAGUUGUUUUGUGUCUAAGCAUACCCACUAUGGAAGCUUAAUGACAGUGACAUUCUACUAAUGAGCAUGAGGUCACAAGUUCAAUUCCCAGCUGCAAUAUGGCCACAUUACGAAGUUGUUGAAAUGCAAAAACACUCUUGCACCAAGCAUUGGGUGCUUGUUAAAGAACCGCAAUGAGUCAGAAUUAUUCUGGAGUCCUCCACUACGAUGGCUCUAGUAAGUGUUGCAAUACUUUGUGACUACACCCAUAAAUCAAUCAUUCAUUAUGUCUAAACAAAAAAAGAAUACCCAUUGCCACGUAUAGUCAAACACUGGCAGUAUACCAUUUUAGAGAGAUCUAGCUAACCAUUUAUAAACAUUCCAGAUCCAGUGGCAGCCUCAUUUUGUGGUAGCAGUCAGUGGUUCUAGUUGUGGCAAUGUGUUAGUUCUAUGGCUUCAUUCUUCCACAAUUUUCAUAUGGCAAAGGACCAUAUACAAGGUGUCGCUUGUAAUUAGGGUUCAGUGUCCUCAGUUAAAAGUGAAAAACAUUUAAAAAUGUACACUGAAAUCAUUUUCAUGGAUUUGGUUUAGCUAAAAGAAAUGAGUAUCCUAGAUAGGAAAACCUGCACAGGAAUCAGAAUUGU